AGGAAAGGAAGGAAGAAAGCAGGCCGCACUUUCUCCUUUCCGUCACCUCUCCAGUCCACUCCAUUCGCAGUCCUCUCCAAUCCAUCCAUCCACACCCAGCGGCAGCGGCGACUGACCUCCAAGCUGCCCGCCCGCCACUUUACAUCCUCGCAGCCCAAUCCAUUCCACCCCGCCUUCUGCUGCUGCUGCUUCCUCCCUCUUCACCACUACUCCGGCGAGGCCAGGCAGAGUGUCUGCACGGCAGUGCAGAGAGACGAUGCAGGCGGCUCUCGGCCCGGCGGCCACGCUCCUCGGCAAGGUGUUCACGAUGCUGUCCGCCGUCCCGGUGGCGGCGUACGUGGACAGCCUCAAGCUCGGCCACAACUCGGAGCAUAUCAAGGACAAGCUGCUGCAGACGCAAGGCCUGCUGCACAACGCCCAGGCCCAGGGGAGCCACCUCGGCGACAACCCUGCCCUGCAGCGCUUGCUGGAGAAGCUGAGCAGGGACGCCGACCAGGCAGAGGACCUGUUGGAUGAGGUCCACUACUUCCAGAUCCAUGACAAGCUCCAUGGCACCACCUACGCCACCACCCAAGAGGCCGGCCAUCAAGCUCUCCACGCCGGUAGUGCUAUUCGCCACUUGUUCCGGUGUUUUUCUUGCUCGCCUACACCCAAGAGCAAGAGCGAUGGUAGUGAUGAUGAUGCUGCUGCUGUUGCCGGUGCACCACGCCACGUCACCAACACCCUAGGCACCUUGCUCCACUGCUUUUCUUGCUCCCCCUGUACACCCAAGAGCAAGAGGAAUGGUGGGAUUGAUGCUGCUGCUGCUGCUGCUGCUAGUGCUGAUGGUGGUGAUGCUGCUGCUGUUUCUGUUGCCGGCGUCACCAACUCCAAUUCUGCUAGUGCUGAUGAUGGUGACACGCUGCAUUUCGACAGAGUGUCCAUGUCCAGAAAAAUCAAGUCCCUAUUACAGGGCAUGCAGUCACACUGUGAUUCCGUCUCCAAUUUGCUCGGCAAUAUCCCAACCAGCAGCAACACGACAGUGACAGUCGUCCAAGACCGGCCUCAGACUGCUUCCAUGAUUAUACAAGAUACAUUGUAUGGCAGGAAAGGCAUUUUUGAGGAAACUGUCAGUCGUAUCACCGCUGCCACAAACAUUGUUUCUGUACUUCCUAUAGUUGGUCCUGGGGGUAUUGGGAAGACAACUUUCACCACUCACCUCUACAAUGAUGCAAGGACUCAAGAACACUUCCAAGUCAGGGUCUGGGUAUGUGUAUCCACUGAUUUCGAUGUGCUUAAGCUCACCAGGGAGAUCCUUGGCUGCAUACCUGCAACUGAAGAAGAAAGAAACAGCGGUGUUGCAAAUGAAACAACCAAUUUAGACCAGCUUCAGAAAUCCAUAGCACAACGUAUCAAGUCCAAGAGGUUUCUGCUUGUCUUGGAUGAUAUAUGGAAAUGUGACAGUCAGGACCAGUGGAAAACCCUGUUAGCUCCGUUCACAGAGGGGGAAGCCAAAGGAAGCAUGGUACUUGUCACUACUCGAUUCCCAAAGAUAGCAGACAUGGUGAAAACAGUUGAUCCACUGGAGCUGCGAGGUUUGGAGCCUAAUGACUUCUUCACAUUCUUUGAAGCAUGUAUAUUUGGUGCAGACAACAAGCCCGAGCAUUAUGAAGAUGAGUUUGCUGGUAUUGCACGAAAAAUUGCAAACAAGCUAAAGGGUUCCCCGUUGGCAGCCAAAACAGUUGGUAGACUAUUGCAUAAGCACCUUUCUCGGGAACAUUGGAAUGGAGUUCUUGAAAAGCAUCAGUGGCUAAAGCAGCAAAAGAAUGACGAUAUCAUGCCAUCUUUGAAGAUUAGCUACGAUUGCCUCCCUUUUGUUCUGAAGAAAUGCUUUUCCUAUUUUGGCCUUUUCCCUGAAGAUCAUAGGUUUACUUCUUCAGAAAUCAAUCAUUUCUGGGUUGCAAUAGGCAUCAUAGACUCUAAUCACCAAGCUGAUAGGAACUACUUGGAAGAACUAAUGGACAAUGGUUUUCUCAUGAAGGAACCAGUGGACAAUGGUCAUCGGUACUGCUAUGUAAUGCAUGAUUUAAUGCAUGAGCUAUCUAAGAUUGUUUCUGCACAAGAAUGCCUCAAUAUAAGUGACUUAGAUUUCAGAGCUGAUGCCAUCCCACAAUCUGUUCGCCACUUAUCUAUCAACAUAGAAGACAGAUAUGAUGCAAAUUUUGAGGAAGAAAUGUGUAAACUGGGGGAGAGGAUAGAGAUUGCUAAUCUACAGACUUUGAUGAUUUUUAGAGAAUAUGAAGAAAGAAUCGCCAAGAUUUUGAAAGAUAGCUUCAAGGAAAUAAACUGUCUGCGUGUUCUGUUUGUAGUGGUGAAGUCUGCACAAUCUUUUCCAUAUAGGUUUUCAAAACUUAUCCACCUCCAGUACCUCAAAAUUAAUUCAUCUCACAGGGAAAUGAGUUUACCUCGUACACUAUCAAGAUUUUAUCACUUGAAAUUCUUGGACCUAGAUGGUUGGCAUGGUCGUUCUUAUUUGCCUCAAGACUUCAGCAACCUUGAGAAUUUACAUGAUUUCCAUGGUAGAAGUGAACUCCACUCCAACAUUCGCAAUGUCGGAAAGAUGAAGCAUCUGCAGGAGCUAAAAGAUUUCCAUGUCAAGAAGGAGAGCAUGGGAUUUGAACUCACAGAACUUGGGGCAUUGUCAGAGCUUGAAGGAGGACUGAUUAUACGUGGUCUUGAACACGUGGCAAACAAGGAGGAAGCCGUUGCAGCAAAACUGUUAUUGAAAAGGAAUCUGAAGGAGUUGAAAUUAUUCUGGGGCAGAGACCAACCAACUACAGAUGCUGAUAUUCUUGAUGCUCUUCAACCACACUCUAAUCUUAGAGUACUUACAAUUGCAAAUCAUGGUGGUACCGUUGGUCCUAGCUGGUUGUGUAUUGACAUCUGGUUCACAAGUUUAGAGACUCUCACUCUAGAAGGUGUAUCUUGGAGCACCCUCCCACCUUUUGGGAAGCUACCAAAUCUCAAGGAACUCUAUUUGAUUAAAGUUUCUGGAAUGCAUCAGUUUGGGCUUCAAUGUGGUGGCGCUCCAGGAAAAUGUUUUAUGCGCUUGAAGAGAGUUGGGUUGCAUGAUUUGCCAGACCUUGCUGAAUGGGUUGUGGAACCUAAUUGCCAUUCCUUUCCAAGUAUUGAAGAAAUAGAUUGCUUCAGUUGUCCCAAUCUCCGUGUGAUGCCCUUGUCGGAGGUAUCUUGCACCAAUUUGCGCAGCCUUCAUGUUUCUGGGUGCCCCAAGAUGUCUCUGCCCUCCAUGCCUCACACCUCCACACUGACAGAUCUGCAUGUUGGAAUAGGUGAUUCAGAAAGGUUGCGUUAUCAUGGAAAGAAAUUGGUUGUUAGUGGGUAUGGCGGUGCUUUGGCCUCCCACAAUCUGGAUAAAGUAGAAGAUAUGAUUGUCACAAGAUGCGACGGUUUGUUCCCUGAAGAUUUGGAUGGCAGUUUUGUCUUCCGUUCAGUUAAGAAUCUCACAUUACAUGUAUCUCGUCUUACCAGCAGCAAAUCAUCAUCGUCAAAAGUGUUAAACUGUUUCCCAGCUCUUUCUGUGUUGCACAUAGAUCACUGUGAGGAGGAAUGUGUAAUGCAGUUCCCAUCAUCCAGCUCACUGCAGGAACUUACCUUCCGGGACUGUAGGAGGCUGGUUCUUGUGCCUGUGGAGAAGGAGAAUGGAGGCGGAAUUCAGGAGGACAACUCAUUGCUCCAAUCAUUAACAAUAUUCAAUUGUGGUCGAUUUUUCUGUCGGUGGCCCAUGGGAAAGGGAGAAUCAGAGACCAUUUGCCCUUUCCCUGCUUCCCUGAGGGAACUUGAUGUUGACUAUGAGCCAAGCAUGAAGUCAAUGGCUCUGCUCUCAAACCUCACGUCUCUCACCACUCUAAGCCUAAGAAAGUGCAGUAAUUUAACAGUGGACGGAUUCAAUCCUCUCAUCGCAGUCAACCUCACCAAGCUGCAAGUGUUUGAGUGCAACACCUUAGCAGCAGAUAUGCUCUCCGAGGUGGCCUCUCAGAGGGCCAAAUUAUUGCCUGCAGGUUACAUCUCUAGAUUGGAGGUACUCAUCAUGGAAGACAUCUGUGGAUUGCUUGUUGCUCCUAUUUGCAAUCUCCUCGCCCCAGCCCUCCACACACUUGUAUUUGGUUCUGAUGGGAGGAUGGAAAGCUUCACGGAAGAGCAGGAGAAAGCGCUGCAGCUCCUCACCUCCCUCCAGCAUCUAGCAUUUUCCAAAUGCGGGGUUCUGCAGUCCCUUCCUCAAGGGUUACAUCCCUUUCUUCUCUCAAGGAGUUAUGUGUCAUUGGGUGUCCAAAUAUCCGAUCGCUGCCCAAGGAGGGCCUCCCGCUUUCGCUGAGAACACUCGCAGUCGCCUCCAGCACUGAGAUAUACGAGCAAAUUGAGAAAAUCAAAAGAACCAACCCAGAUUUAUCCGUCUUGUAUUGCUAACUACACCCAAGACUACUAGCAGGUUCCACUGUUGCAAUCAAUCUUUUGUGCACACAGGUUGUGAAACCUGCACAUUAAUCAGCAGGUCAGGUGCGAGAUACAACCUACCGACUCUUCAUUCUGCAACGCAACACUAGCUGUGAACUCUUCAUUCUGCUGCAUGAUCUGCCGACCUAGCAAUUAGAGUGCAUUAGUGAAUGUUGCACUUGGUGGUCUUCAAUACAAACGUGGAGUUCUGCGGUGGUUUUCUUGUUGAAGGGUUUUCCAAGGUCAGCAGACAGCAGGCCAUUACUUGCUCUCUUUUUUUUGAAAAAAAAAACAAAACAAAACAAGCAGAACAAACAAAGUCCCAGUAGUGAAUUGAAUUUCACAGCUGAUUCAGAGCAAACAAACAAACAGAAGAGAAGUGAAGCAAUUGUCUGUGUUGAUAAGCUGAAAGAAUAGAAUAUCGACCUAAGUGAUGGUUCCUUCCUUUAAACAAGACAAGUGGGCUUUAAUUUGUGGAUGCAGCAGCAAGCAGAGCAGAACAGAGCAGAGCAUUCCAAGAAGGGACAUCCAAGAUCCAAAGUGUGCCAAGGUGUGAGAUGGUGGUUAUUGGGAUUCAGCAUCAGCCUCGCACGCACCACUUGACAAGAAACUUUUGUGUAUUCGCCUCUGUAGAUUAAAUGAAAUUGGUACGGCAGUAGAAUUGUGUUUUUUUCUAGAUCAAGGGAUACAUACAUACCUACGUACGUACAUGGGAUUUGGGAGGACUGCAAUGUUGGAACCAAAGGAUCAAACAAUAGUGAACCGAGGUGUAAGACGAGGUUUCAGAAAACUCCCGCAGCUUUUUUGUUUCUUUCACUGAAUUUAUUUAUUCAGAGUUA